CAGGAGAGUCUGUAAAGGCUGGUGCCCCAGGAUCUUGGGGUGAGGAAAGCUCUGCAGGAAAUGAGUGGCAGGCCUGAGGCCUGGUCACCAGCAGCUUGGGAGGUGGCAGGACUACUUUUGCCUUUGCUAAAGACAUCUCCAACUGAGGACUUCUCCAGCAAGCUCAUCCCCAGGCCUUCCUUCCUCUGGUGUCUGGGAAGAUGGGCAUGAUGACUGACUCCCCUUUCCCAGAGCUGUGGCAGUCCAAGGCGGUGUCCAUCCGUGAGCGACUGGGCCUUGGGGACCGGCCCAAUGACUCUUACUGCUACAACUCAGCCAAAAACAGCACCGUGCUCCAGGGGGUCACCUUUGGUGGCAUCCCCACCGUCCUGCUUAUAGACGUCAGCUGUUUCCUGUUUUUAAUCUUGGUGUUUUCCUUCAUAAGAAGAAGAUUCUGGGAUUAUGGACGCAUUGCCCUGGUGUCAGAAGCAGACAGCGAGUCCAGAUUUCAGAGAUUGUCGUCGACUUCCUCCUCAGGGCAACAAGACUUUGAAAGCGAACUGGGUUGCUGCCCCUGGCUGACUGCGAUCUUCCGUCUGCACGAUGACCAGAUCCUGGAGUGGUGUGGGGAGGAUGCCAUCCACUACCUAUCCUUCCAGAGGCACAUCAUCUUCCUGCUGGUGGUGGUCAGCUUCUUGUCCCUGUGUGUCAUCCUGCCUGUCAACCUCUCUGGGGACUUACUGGAUAAAGACCCUUACAAUUUUGGGAGGACAACUAUAGUCAACCUGCAGACUGACAACAACCUCCUCUGGCUGCACACCAUCUUCGCUGUCAUUUACCUCCUCCUCACUGUGGGCUUCAUGCGGCACCACACUCAGUCCAUCAGGUACAAGGAAGAGAGUCUGGUGCGGCGGACCCUGUUCAUCACAGGGCUCCCCAGAGAUGCCAAGAAGGAGGCUGUGGAGAGUCACUUCCGGGACGCGUAUCCCACGUGCGAGGUGGUGGAUGUUCAGCUGUGUUAUAACGUGGCCAAGCUCAUCUACCUGUGCAAGGAGAGAAAGAAGACCGAGACAAGCCUGACCUACUACACAAACCUGCAGGUGAAGACAGGCCAGCGGACCCUUAUUAACCCCAAGCCCUGUGGUCAGUUCUGCUGCUGCGAAGUGCAGGGCUGUGAGCGGGAGGACGCCCUCUCUUACUAUACGCGCAUGAAGGACAGGCUGCUGGAGAGGAUCACAGAGGAGGAGCGCCACGUCCAGGACCAGCCCCUGGGGAUGGCCUUCGUCACCUUCCAGGAGAAGUCCAUGGCCACAUACAUCCUGAAAGACUUCAAUGCCUGCAAGUGUCAGAGCCUUCGGUGCAAAGGUGAGCCACAGCCAUCCUCCCACAGCAGAGAGCUCCACACCUCCAAGUGGACGGUCACCUUCGCCGCUUACCCCGAGGACAUAUGCUGGAAGAACCUCUCUAUCCAGGGCCUACGCUGGUGGCUUCAGUGGCUGGGCAUCAACUUCACUCUCUUCGUGGUGCUGUUUUUCCUGACCACACCUUCCAUCAUCCUGUCUACCAUGGACAAGUUCAAUGUCACCAAACCCAUCCAUGCACUGAAUGACCCAAUUAUCAGCCAGUUCUUCCCAACCCUCCUGCUCUGGUCCUUCUCAGCCCUGCUCCCAUCCAUUGUCUACUACUCUACGCUGCUGGAGUCUCACUGGACCAAGUCAGGGGAAAACCGGAUCAUGAUGACCAAGGUCUACAUAUUCUUGAUCUUCAUGGUGCUGAUCCUGCCCUCUCUGGGCCUCACCAGUCUGGAUUUCUUCUUCCGGUGGCUCUUUGACAAAACUUCCUCAGAAGGCCCCAUCAGGUUGGAGUGCGUCUUCCUGCCUGACCAGGGUGCCUUCUUCGUGAACUACGUUAUCGCCUCAGCCUUCAUCGGCAACGGCAUGGAGCUGCUGCGGCUGCCGGGCCUCAUCCUCUACACCUUCCGCAUGAUCAUGGCCAAGACGGCCGCUGACCGCCGGAAUGUCAAGCAGAGCCAGGCCUUCCAGUAUGAGUUUGGAGCCAUGUACGCGUGGAUGCUGUGCGUCUUCACUGUCAUCAUGGCCUACAGCAUCACCUGCCCCAUCAUUGCACCAUUUGGUCUCAUCUACAUCCUGCUCAAGCACAUGGUGGACCGGCACAACCUCUACUUUGCCUACCUCCCCGCCAAGCUGGAGAAGAGGAUCCACUUUGCCGCUGUAAACCAGGCCUUGGCUGCUCCCAUCCUGUGUCUCUUCUGGCUCUACUUCUUCUCCUUCCUGCGCCUGGGCCUGAAGGCCCCUGCCACUCUGUUCACUUUCCUGGUCGUGCUGGUCACUAUCUUGGUCUGCCUGGGUUACACCUGCUUCGGCUGUUUUAAGCACCUCAGUCCUCUGAACUACAAGACAGAAGAAUCAGCAAGUGACAAAGGAAGUGAGGCCGAGGCCCACGUGCCUCCACCGCUUAUGCCCUACGUGCCUCGAAUUCUGAAUGGCUUGGCAUCAGAGAGGACAGCCUUGUCCCCGCAGCUGCAGCAGUCCUACGGUGCCAUCCACAACAUCAGUGGGACUCUUCCUGGACAGCACUUGGCCCAGAGCCCUGCAGACAGUGUGGCUGCUGCCUACCAGGAGACCUGAGGCAGG